AUGGACAAAGGACAAGGACCAGCAGGCCUCUACGCAUUCGGGUCCAACGGAAAUGGCCAGCUCGGAAUCGCAUCCGACGACGACACAUCCACCCCACAACCCGUUCACUCCUCUUCCAUCAACACCACCAACAUCGCCUUCACCGACAAUUUGCUCUCUUCAUCACCUCAACAUCAUGGCAACAGCAACAAGGAUUCAACAACGAGGCCGCAUGUGAAUGCCAUCAAGCCGUUCCACGACUUUGCGGCAGGAGGAAAUCAUACUGCACUCAUUACCCACGGCGGUCGACAGUUGUUUAUGACGGGGUCAAACAAGGAUGGCGAGACGCUCUUGAGAGAGGCCUCUCAAGUUUUCAAGCCUGCUGAAGUGUCUCGAUGCCUUCAACACCAACCGCCACAGCAACAGCAAUUGAACAAGGACCAGGGCAAGGAGAGUAGGGGUCGAUCUACAGACUCGAACAAGGACGGCAACAGCAGUAUUCGGUGGCGAUCGGUCGCGUGCGGCUGGGCAUUCACCAUCGGCCUCACAGAACCCUGUCGUCCAACGCCCGACAGUCACGACACCAUCGCCGCCUCCAACAACAACAACCAAAUGGUUUAUGCAUGGGGCUCUGGUUCCUUUGGAGAACUCGGACUCGGACUCGGACGUUACAAGACUGGCGGACAAGCUAUUCCUAUCACGACAGGCCUUCUCGGCACAAGAGGAUCCUCUGGUACGCGGUUUGAUUUGGUCAAGGUCAGGGCUGGAUUGCGACAUGUCCUGUUGUUGGCCAAGGAGACCAGGAGUAUUGCUGGCCAGGACAAUGGAACGAUAACUACGGUUCUGAUGGGCUGGGGCAGUAACAGGCAGGGACAGCUUGGAGUGCUGACGCGAUCGAGUGAUGGUGAUUCUACAACGACGAUGCCGUUCACAGAGAAGGAGUUGAGGGGCAAGUUUAUGGAACCGACUCGGAUCGUCAUCUCGGCGGCUACCACAAGACGACAACACGGCGGUAGUGGUGCAGACGCAGGUACAAGGAUCGAGGAUGAGGAGCCGGAGAUUCUAGACAUGGCGUGCGGACAGAACCAUACUUUGGUCCUCUUCUCAAACGGUGCCGUCUACUCCUCAGGACUCGACAAGUAUGGGCAACUCGGACCUCGAGCAGCGGCAGUGGAACGCAACAGCGAGGAAGGUACGGAUAAGGGAAAGAAGGUGGACUUCCGGAUAGGAUUUGAACAGGUCGUUGGAUUACCCUUUGUCGACUCAAUUUCUUGUGGGUGGAACCAUAACGCCGCAAUGGAUACGAGGCCGCUUGUUGAUGAUCCGACUGCCAUGACGACUAUCUAUCUCUGGGGUAGGAGCGAUCAUGGCCAACUGGGCGGUGGUCUACCUUAUCGUGCCGUGGCUGUUAAUCUAAAUAGAGGGGCGGGGGAUGUUCCGGUGGGGAUCGUUCAGGUCCGGAUCCCUGUUCGACGGAAAGAGGGCAGUGGUGAAGAACGUAAGGGAUUGGAGUUUGAAUCGUUGGUCUCGUACAGCUGUGGAUCCGAACACACGUUGGCCAUGACACAGUCGGGCGAUUGCUAUGCUUGGGGUUGGAACGAACACGGUAACUGUGGUGGUGGUGUCGAUAAUACUGGGAACAAGGACCUCCUGGAUGUGCCCACGCCACGUCUGGUGCAGUUUCCAGAUCGACCUAGCUCGUUGCCCUCUGAGCAUGGAGGAUGGGUUACUGGUGGAUAUGGUUCCUCGUGGGUCUGGUCUUAG